UGCACGCCCGAGUGUCGCGCCGUCAUCGAGGACAUGCUGGCCGUGCCCAAGGCCGUGCUGCUCAACGACUGCGUCUGCGACGGGCUGGAGCGGCCCAUCUGCGAGUCGGUUAAAGAGAACAUGGCCCGCCUCUGCUUCGGCGCCGACGUGGGCAGCAACGGCGCGGGCAGCAGCGGAGGCUCGGACGGCGGCCUGGAGGAAUACUACGACGAGGACUACGAGGAGGAGCCGAGCCAGAAGGGGAGGGACGAGGCGGAGGACAAUGCGGGCCCGGAGCCCGGGUUCCCCAUGCAGGCGGAUGGUGCCGGCCGGGCC